CCCCCCUCGUUUGGGAAAACAAAUGCGUUAAAAGCAUAGCAGGGAGCUACCGAGCGCUAGAGAGAAGAAAUAAAGAGGGAAAAUAUUGACGCGCCUGUAAAUAUAUAUAUAUUAGAGAAUAUUCGUUUAAGUCAGGUUAGAUCUCGAAUAUUCAAAUUGUCGAUUAGCGAUGGCACAGCCUUUGGUGAAGAAAGACGAUGAUCGCGACGAGGAAGCGGAUUACUCUCCAUUUUUGGGGAUUGAGAAGGGUGCUGUUCUUCAAGAUGCUAGAGUUUUCAAUGACCCUUAGCUUGAUCCUCGAAGAUGCUCUCAGGUUAUCACAAAGCUUCUUUAUCUACUGAACCAAGGAGAAGCAUUCACUAAGGUUGAAGCGACAGAGGUUUUCUUUGCUGUGACAAAGCUGUUCCAAUCAAAGGAUAUAGGUUUGAGGAGAAUGGUCUAUGUGAUGAUAAAGGAGCUAUCUCCAUCAGCAGAUGAGGUUAUUAUUGUUACAAGCUCUCUCAUGAAGGACAUGACUAGCAAGACUGAUAUGUAUCGAGCAAAUGCAAUUCGUGUUCUUUGUCGGAUAACAGAUGGAACUCUUCUAACCCAGAUUGAACGAUACUUGAAACAAGCAAUUGUUGACAAAAACCCAGUUGUUGCAAGUGCAGCCUUAGUCAGUGGUAUCCACUUACUGCAGACAAACCCUGAGAUUGUUAAAAGAUGGAGUAAUGAGGUUCAAGAAGCUGUUCAAUCAAGAGCAGCCCUUGUGCAGUUUCAUGCUCUAGCAUUGCUCCACCAGGUACGACAAAAUGAUCGACUAGCUGUUAAUAAGCUGGUUAGUAGUUUGACUAGGGGAAGUGUGCGUUCACCUAUAGCCCAAUGCCUCUUGAUACGUUAUACCAGUCAGGUCAUUCGCGAGUCAGCCAAUAACACCCAAACAGGGGAUCGCCCUUUUUAUGAUUUUCUAGAGGGGUGUCUGCGCCACAAGGCUGAGAUGGUGAUUUUUGAGGCUGCUAGAGCAAUCACGGAGCUCAAUGGUGUGACAAGCCGAGAAUUGACACCAGCAAUCACAGUUCUUCAGCUUUUCUUAAGCUCUUUUAAGCCAGUGCUUAGAUUUGCUGCAGUUCGUACGCUGAACAAGGUUGCAAUGACUCAUCCGAUGGCUGUCACAAACUGCAAUAUUGACAUGGAGAGUUUGAUUUCUGACCAAAAUAGAAGCAUUGCCACACUUGCAAUCACUACCCUUCUCAAGACUGGAAAUGAGUCAAGUGUGGAUCGCCUGAUGAAGCAGAUAACUAAUUUUAUGUCUGAUAUUGCCGAUGAAUUUAAAAUUGUUGUUGUGGAAGCUAUAAGAUCACUGUGCUUAAAGUUUCCAUUGAAGCACAGAUCUUUGAUGAAUUUCUUAAGCAAUAUUCUAAGGGAAGAAGGUGGCUUUGAGUACAAAAAGGCCAUUGUAGAUUCAAUUGUGAUUCUAAUCAGAGAUAUCCCUGAAGCAAAGGAGACUGGAUUGCUUCAUUUGUGUGAGUUCAUUGAAGAUUGUGAAUUCACCUAUCUUUCUACACAGAUACUUCAUUUCUUGGGGAUUGAAGGCCCAAAAACCUCUGAUCCAAGCAAAUAUAUACGUUAUAUUUACAACCGCAUGCAUCUUGAGAAUGCCACUGUUUGGGCUGGUGCAGUGAGCACCCUAGCAAAAUUUGGUGCUAUGGUUGAUGGAUUGAAGCCCCACGUAUUUGUUCUCUUAAGACGCUGUCUCUUUGACACUGAUGAGGUUCGUGACAGGGCUACACUCUAUCUUAAUACACUCGGUGGUGAUGGUGCUGUUGUUGAAACUGGUGCAGAUGUAAAGGAGUUUCUCUUCGGUUCACUAGAUAUCCCUCUGAUGAACUUAGAGAACAGUUUGAAAAAUUAUGAGCCAUCAGAAAAGCCUUUUGACAUUAGUUCCGUGCCAAAGGAGGUCAAGAUCCAGCCACUUGCUGAGAAGAAAGCUCCAGGUAAAAAACCAACCGGUCUUGGUGCUCCUCCCCCUAGCCCGUCAUCAACUGUUGAUGCUUAUGAGAAGCUUCUUUCAUCAAUUCCUGAGUUUGCAAACUUUGGCAAGCUUUUCAAGUCCUCUCCACCUGUGGAGCUGACAGAAGCAGAAACAGAAUAUGCAGUUAAUGUUGUCAAACAUAUUUUUGAUGGUCAUGUUGUGUUUCAGUAUAACUGUACCAAUACCAUACCGGAGCAGUUGUUGGAGAAUGUCAUCGUUAUUGUGGAUGCUUCAGAGGCUGAGGAAUUUGCUGAAGUAGCUUCUAAGCCUUUAAGGUCGCUUCCAUAUGAUUCACCUGGACAGACCUUUGUGGCAUUUCAGAAGCCAGAUGGGGUCCCAGCUGUUGGAAAGUUUUCAAACAUGCUGAGGUUUAUCGUAAAAGAGGUUGAUCCAAGUACUGGUGUGGCUGAGGACGAUGGAGUUGAGGAUGAGUACCAACUGGAGGACCUUGAAGUUGUCGCAGCUGAUUAUAUGUUGAAGGUGGGCGUCUCUAAUUUCAGGAAUGCAUGGGAAAGCAUGGGCGCAGACUUCGAACGUGUAGAUGAAUAUGGCCUUGGCCCUAGGGAUAGCCUAGCUGAAGCCGUCAAUGCUGUCGUUGAUCUUCUUGGCAUGCAACCCUGUGAGGGCACAGAGGUUGUCUCUCCAAAUUCAAGGUCACACACUUGUCUUCUAUCCGGAGUGUACAUAGGCAAUGUGAAGGUGCUUGUACGACUGCAAUUCGGACUCGAUGGACCAAAGGACGUGGCCAUGAAACUCGCUGUUAGGUCCGAGGAUGAAACUGUUAGUGAUGCCAUUCACGAGAUUGUAGCCAGCGGCUAGUUUUGUCGUUUUUUCUCUUUUUUUGGGGUGAUUUUGUAUUGUGCUCCGAAGUCGAAUAAUUGUAGAGAGAUUGCAUGCGAUUGAUUCUGGGUUUUUGGGUUACAUUUUAAGCUACCAAUAAUACCCUGUACCAUGCAAAUCAAGCCCAUAGGAAGGAUUUUUGUUUUUAUUA